AUGGGUCGCAUGCACAGUCGAGGUAAGGGUAUAUCAGCUUCAGCUCUGCCAUACAAGAGGACUCCACCAAGUUGGCUGAAGAUCUCUUCUCAGGACGUUGAUGAUAACAUCUGUAAGUUUGCGAAGAAGGGUUUGACACCCUCACAGAUAGGUGUUAUUCUUCGAGAUUCUCAUGGGAUUGCCCAAGUGAAAAGUGUCACUGGCAGCAAGAUUCUUCGGAUACUCAAGGCCCAUGGGCUUGCUCCUGAAAUACCUGAGGACCUAUACCAUCUCAUCAAGAAAGCAGUUGCAAUUCGAAAGCAUCUGGAGAGGAACAGGAAGGACAAGGAUUCCAAAUUUAGGUUGAUUCUUGUUGAGAGCAGGAUCCACCGACUUGCUCGCUACUACAAGAAGACUAAGAAGCUUCCACCAGUCUGGAAAUAUGAAUCUACCACCGCCAGUACUCUUGUGGCUUAG